AUGGAUGUAGGCGCUGCAAAGCUGUUGUCGUUGGACUGGCGCCUUUCUCUGAAUGACGAAAAGUGCGUCCAUAUGUCAUUUGGAGGAGACGCAGUGAAUGCCUUUGUCAUGCAUGACAUUUUCAGUUUCCCUGACACUUUGCGGCAUAUCAUCCAAACCAAAUGGAGGGCAAGCGCCAAGGUCGCGACACCUGGGCUCAGUUUGAUGAUGUUGAUUAUAAUCCGACAACCAGGACAAUUCAUGAGACCCGAGCUGGAUUUCCAAGUUUUCAACCGUUCCAAGACAGUCGCAACCUUCAGCCGUGCCAAUACUCCGCCUCGGACUGUGGGAUUGGCUUCACAAGUGUCUGGCUAUGACGAAUCGUCUUCUUCAAAUGCCAACGCACCACUCUUGACAGAAUGGCCACAUCCCCCGGUCAGCAAUCGUGCCCCUAUUCCACCACCGGUUGCCCCAGCGUUGGACCAGUCCGCCAACCCACCGGUUCCCGAUCCAUGGGUGAUCACAUCAGAGCAGAAGGCCUACUAUCUGGCCCAGUUUCUACGCCUUCAACCGGAUCCACGUUCCAAACUGAGUGGUUUACAGGCCAAGACAUUCUUUCAGCUGUCCAAACUACCAAACACGGAACUCUCGGACAUAUGGGAGCUUUCCGAUGCGGAUUGUGAUGGCCAACUUACUCUGGGCGAAUUCUGUGUCGCAAUGCACUUGGUUGUUUUACGCCGAAAUGGAAUCCCAGUUCCCCGAAUAUUACCCUGUGCCCUUCUGGAGGUAAUUUCUAGUCAGUCGCUGUCCACUUUGGCGUCGAGUCACCACAACGAAGACGAUGCUCAGUCAACUAGGGGCGGUGACCGGUAUCCUGCGUGCACCUCGGUGAUGGAUCGAAGUUCACAAAACCACGCCUUCUCUCCUGCUGUCCCACGCCACUCGCGCGGAUCCCCAAUCACCUCCUAUCCGGUCACCCCCAAUUUGUCACGUCAGCAGCGGCGUUGGUCGAUUUCCAGCCAGAGUGACAUCUCUUCCAUCGCUGAGGGUAUUAUGCACUUCGAAUCGCGGCCGAACGCGGAUCCCCAGUUGCAACAUCCGAUCCCACUGCGGGCUCAUACCCUGCCAAGAGAAGGCACCGAUUCGGAAGCUCCACAAUUGUACCCAACAAAUCUCGAUCAAGAAUGCCAGCACACUCGACUGGCAUCCUCCCCACCACCGCCGCCACCUCCGAGGGCUCGGUUACAAUCAUCUUUGGUUGGAGAACAGCGCAAACUGUCUGGGGAAGCACCAGUUUCAAUGGUUCCACCAAGUUCACAACGUCCUGGUGACAGUUCAGAAGGGAAUGAUCUCCUCCAGGUAAGCACUGCUCUGAUGCUCCACUUGCAACAUCCGAUCCCACUGCGGGCUCAUACCCUGCCAAGAGAAGGCACCGAUUCGGAAGCUCCACAAUUGUACCCAACAAAUCUCGAUCAAGAAUGCCAGCACACUCGACUGGCAUCCUCCCCACCACCGCCGCCACCUCCGAGGGCUCGGUUACAAUCAUCUUUGGUUGGAGAACAGCGCAAACUGUCUGGGGAAGCACCAGUUUCAAUGGUUCCACCAAGUUCACAACGUCCUGGUGACAGUUCAGAAGGGAAUGAUCUCCUCCAGAUCCCACCGCAUUUGGCACCAGACCAAGUGGAUUCCCUCACCGCUGGACUACACCAUAAGCACCCGGUAGACACAGAGGACCCGGCCGCUAUCGUAGCCCAACUUCGACGCGAGUGUGACGGGGUUUCACAAGCCAACGAAAAGUUGGCUCAAGAACUGAUGCAACUCCAACAACGACGUAUCGCUUUGAAAAUCCUGCUCGAACGCUUAAUGCCCCUGGAUGCGGGCUAUCCAACCUGCUUUGAAUAUUGAUGAUCGAAAUGUGGCAACUGAAUCACGCUUUUUAUCUUUUAUCUCGUUCUUUCUUCAUCAACGCUUGUGCUUCGUUCUCUUCUGCACGCAUGAGUAAACCGUGCUCUGUGUGACCUAAAUACACUUUCUU